GCUGCGCGGCCGGAGCCAUGCGGACCGAGUUCGGAGCUGAGCAGACUAAGCGCGGGCGGUCACUGCACUUGCUGACCGAGGUCCUGCGCGCGCUGCCCGCCUUUUUGGCCCCUUCUAGCCGCCCGAGCGGGGAAUAAAGGAAGGGAGACGCUCCGCGACUUGUGCUCGGGACCCCGAGAUUUAAGCCCUGCGGCAGCCUUCUGGCUCCGGGUCCGCAGCGGCGCUCCCAGCGGUAGUCCGACUGGAGGGAUCAUCCCCUCGGGGAUGCACGGGGGAGGGUCCUCUCGCGGGUGAAGCCUCCAGGGGAUGAGGGACGGCAGCUCCGGGGGCCCUCUGAGUGUGCACCCGAAGAGUUCCAUCAGUGCGAUUCCUCCCCCAAGGUUGCCCCUUCCGGACCGGGCCACCCGGCAGAGGGAGGGCAUGGCUUAGGAGUCUCCGGGCCCAGCAGUCCGGCGUUGUCGGCUCCCGGACGUCGCAGCACGGGGCAGUGGCCCGCGCGGAAAGCGCCGCGGAAGGGACACUCAGUGAAGAGGUCCCGGCCUGAGCACCACAGGGACCCGGGUCUCUGGGCCACGACUUGGUGGAGACCGCACUGCGCCCUCUGGAGACUCGCGGCCCGCGCCCAGGGUGCCAUGUGGGACGGACGCCGCCCGUCCACCUCCUCCCGGAUCGCCGCUUCACUCCUGCAGCUGCUGCUGGCUGCGCUGCUGGUGGCGGGGGCGCGGGCCAGCGGCGAGUACUGCCACGGCUGGCUGGACGCUCAGGGCGUCUGGCGCAUCGGCUUCCAGUGUCCCGAGCGCUUCGACAGCGGCGAUGCCACCAUCUGCUGCGGCAGCUGCGCGUUGCGCUACUGCUGCUCCAGCGCCGAGGCGCGCCUUGACCAGGGCGGUUGCGACAACGACCGCCAGCAGGGCGCCGGCGAGCCUAGCCGUUCGGACAAAGACGGCUCAGAUGGCUCAGCAGUUCCCAUCUACGUGCCAUUCCUCAUCGUUGGGUCUGUGUUUGUUGCCUUCAUCAUCUUGGGGUCCCUCGUGGCUGCCUGUUGCUGCAGAUGUCUCCGGCCUAAGCAGGAGCCCCAGCAGAGCCGGGCCCCGGGGGGCAGCCGCUUGAUGGAGACCAUCCCCAUGAUCCCCAGCGCCAGCACUUCCCGGGGCUCGUCCUCCCGCCAGUCCAGCACGGCCGCCAGCUCCAGCUCCAGCGCCAACUCCGGAGCCCGCGCGCCCCCAACAAGGUCACAGACCAACUGUUGCCUACCUGAGGGGACCAUGAACAACGUGUAUGUCAACAUGCCCACGAAUUUCUCUGUGCUGAACUGUCAGCAGGCCACCCAGAUUGUGCCCCAUCAAGGGCAGUACCUGCACCCCCCGUAUGUGGGUUACACGGUGCAGCACGACUCGGUGCCCAUGACUCCUGUGCCACCUUUCAUGGACGGCCUGCAGACGGGCUACAGGCAGAUCCAGGCCCCCUUCCCUCACACUAACAGUGAACAGAAGAUGUACCCUGCUGUGACCGUGUGACCCCAGGGGCCAGCUGGGUUCCAUUACGAGACGGAGGAAAACAGGGAAGCUGUGGACUUAGCGAGCAUUCUCCAAGUGGAAGUCCACGCACGCCUGCGACCUUGGCGGCACACUGCUUUCGGAGAGCUUCGUUUGCCCCCAAACUGUGUGAAAACGUCUGUCUCUGAAUUAGCUUUUCCGGAUAUGUUUUCUCCCAGUGCAUGAUUGAUUUCUGAUGGGAAAGGGCAUCACCUGGAGAUGCCUGUGUUGUUACCGAUGCUUGUGUGACAAAUGCUUGCGCCCCGAAGUGCCCUCGAGGUAUGGCUGUCAAAAGAAUUUUGUAAACAGAUAGA